UCCCAGUCUAUUAACACAUCACAGCUUUGUUUAGAAUUUUAUUCUAAAUUGUAACGGGCCGCAGUAAAGAUGUGUACUGUUCAACUCAUCUGAAAGUUUAAUGAGGAACUCUACGGGUACACAAAUUACGGCAUGGAGACGCCAACUCCAUCAGGGGCACCAGGGGACUGCUUGCCCGGAUUAUUCCAAAGAAUGGACUCGCUCAAUCCAGGCAUGGACACGGAGUUUGAUGAGAGUUUGGCUGUCCCGGAGUCCUUAUCAGUGAUUGAUGCAGAUAAGGUUGACAAUAAAGAAAAUGAUUCCUUAGUAGUUCCAGAAACAUCAGUUCGCUUCAGAACAAUCCACGACCCACCUGUAAAGUUUAACUCAGUGCACAGAAAAGUAUUCAUUCCGGGCGUAGAAAUAAAAGUCAGAUUCAUCGAAAACGAAAGGAGCGUCACUACUCAUCUGCUCAAUCCUAAUUUAUACACGAUACGUCUGCAACAUGGCGAUUUCACAUGGACAAUCAAGAAACGUUACAAACACAUCCUCUACUUACAUCAACAACUCAGCAUUUACCGGACAUCACUUAACAUUCCCUUCCCAACCAAAACGCAUAAGUCCCGGAGAGCGAGUUUCAAGAACACCGUUGACACCGAAGCUAGAGCUGAGAGGGUGGCGUUGGAUGCUUUACCUAGAUCGGAGUCAAAAAGAGGAGUGAGACCGAGGAAAAGAAAGGGUGCUUUACCUAGGUUUCCAAGCAAGCCAGAAGUGAUGGUCUCGUACGAAGGUAUCCAGCUGCGAAUGAAACAACUCGAAGAAUAUUUGUUCAAUUUGUUUAACAUCUCCAUUUACCGUAAUCAUCAUGAAACGGUAAAGUUCUUAGAAGUGUCACAUCUAUCGUUCAUAGCGGAGCUAGGCUCGAAGGGCAAGGAGGGCAUGAUUAUGAAACGGACUGGGUCCACGCAGCCUGGCCAGGCCGGGUGUAACUGUUUUGGACUGCUAAGCUCUAUGGUCUGUGUUAGAUGUAACUACUUCUGCACGGGACUGGUCUGCGCGAAAUGGCAAGAACGGUGGCUGUUUGUGAAGGACACAUUCUUCGGGUACAUACGCCCCAGAGACGGCAUUAUCAAAGCAAUCAUGUUGUUCGAUCAGGGUUUUGAAGUAUCAAGCGGAAUGUACUCGACGGGAUUGAACCAUGGACUUCAAAUCCUGAACCAGAGCAGACAGAUGGUGAUCAAAUGCUGGACUAAGAGAAAAAGCAAAGAAUGGAUGCAUCAUUUGAAAGCUGUGGCUAAUCAAACUGCUCGAGACUUUACAUACCCCAACGUGCACCACUCAUUCGCACCCCCCCGGCCUGCGACUCCCGUGGGCUCCCUCGUGGACGGCUCCGCGUACCUGUCCGCCGUGGCCGACGCCAUGGAGCUAGCCACUGAAGAGAUCUUCAUCGCUGACUGGUGGCUCAGCCCGGAGAUCUAUAUGAAACGACCAGCGCUCAAUGGCAACUAUUGGAGACUUGAUACUAUACUUAAGAGGAAGGCUGCUCAAGGUGUAAAAGUGUUCGUUAUGUUGUACAAAGAAGUGGAAAUGGCGCUCGGUAUUAACAGUUAUUACAGCAAAAGUCGGCUGGUUAGCGAAAAUAUCAAGGUUUUCCGUCACCCAGACCAUGCGCGCGCAGGGGUGUUAUUCUGGGCUCAUCACGAGAAAAUUGUCUGCAUCGAUCAAACCGUUGCUUUCGUGGGCGGAAUCGACCUCUGUUAUGGCAGAUGGGAUGAUCAUAGACACAGGCUGACAGAUCUGGGUAACAUAGCUCAACCGACAUCUUCAAUCAAAUCGAAGAAGAAGACGUCCAGCUCGCCUGGCGGUGGUAUCUGCCUACCCAAUUCGAAUGGCCUAGAAGCUGCUAUUAUGCUAGCUAAGACUUCCAAAGACAUUGUUAUUGGUUUGAACGAGGGACCAGUCAUAGAGACAGACAGAGUCGAAACCGAAGAAUCGCAAGAACAAACACCUGAAACUUCGGGCACACAACAAGACCCAACCGAUAAGAUCCUAAUUGCAUCAACAGACCAAAGCGACAUGGCUAAAAGCGACACACCGGAACUACAACGACGAAAUAUGUUAAACAAACUCUCAGAUAGAGGCAAAGACAUAGGCAAAGACUUAAUAAGCAAAAUCUACCCUCCGUUUGAAGAGGAACGCAAUGAGCAGAAAUUCGACGUAACGGAAAGAAAGAAAGCCGAAAAAUACGCCAUUUCUACAGACCAAGUGUUACUCACUGAAGUUUUGGGCAUAAAACCGGAGAAUGUUAGUAAAAUUGUUAGUAAACCUACGCCGUUGGCGCAAGUAGUUGAAGGAAGGGUGAUAACGGACAGCACGAAGGAUGUUUUGGAAGAUAUUGAAGGAAAUUCCAAGUUAUGGAUCGGAAAGGAUUACACCAACUUCAUUGUGAAGGAUUUUAAUAAUUUAGAUCUGCCGUUUAUAGACUUAGUGGACAGAAACUCUACUCCGCGGAUGCCCUGGCAUGACGUAGGCGUGAUCCUACAAGGUGCUGCAGCAAGAGACGUAGCCAGGCACUUCAUUCAGCGCUGGAACGCUAUUAAGCUGGAGAAGGCCAGACAAAAUACAAACUACCCCUACUUACUGCCAAAAUCGUACAAUGACAUCAAACCAUUGCAAUAUCUCGAAAAAUACCUCAUAAAUGACAUCCAUAAUGUGUCAUGUCAGGUUUUGCGCAGUGUAUCAAGCUGGUCUUGUGGAUUCUUAGACCCGGACACAGUAGAGCAAAGCAUACACGAGGCCUACGUAGACACAAUCACAAGAGCACAGCACUAUGUCUACAUUGAGAAUCAGUUCUUCAUCACAUUGUCACGGUCUAAUCCAAUUGUUAGGAAUCAGGUGGGUGAAGCCCUGUACAACAGGAUAAUGCGGGCGUACCGCGCGAAGGAAACGUUCAGAGUGUACGUAGUGAUGCCGCUGCUGCCUGGCUUUGAAGGCGAGGUGGGCGCGCCCUCCGGCACGUCGCUGCACGCCAUCACCCAUUGGAACUAUCAGAGUAUAUGCAGGAGCCGUGAAGCGAUUCUCACCCGUCUCUACGAAUCAGGAGUACCAGAUCCGUCGGAGUAUAUCACCUUCCACAGUCUUCGCACGCACUCGAUCCUCGAAGGAGAACCAAUAACUGAGCUCAUCUAUGUCCAUUCAAAACUUCUCAUCGCUGACGACAAAACUGUCAUCUGUGGAAGCGCUAAUAUCAAUGAUCGCUCCAUGGUAGGAAAAAGGGAUUCUGAGAUCGCUGUACUUUUACAAGACGAGCAAUUCGACGAUGGCGUAAUGAACGGUCAGUCAUACCCGCACGGGAGACUCGCAGGUGCCUUGCGCAAGCUGCUGUUCAGGGAACACCUCGGUCUCAUAGACGUUGACUUGAAAAGUCACGGUGUUAACAUCGAUGAUCCUUGCGACGAACAGUUCUAUAGAAAUGUAUGGAAGGCUACGUCACGGACAAAUACCGAAGUUUAUGAAGAGGUUUUCCACUGCCUGCCGACAGACAAAGUUCACAACUUUGCAGAAUUAAAACGAUACCAAGAAGAGAACAACACCACCCUUUGGCACAAAGACAGAGCUCUCGCCAACAGAAAAAUAGAUCUAAUAAGUGGAUAUUUAGUCGAUAUGCCUUUAGAUUUCCUGUGCAAUGAAACGUUAACGCCUGGGAAAACUUCUAUGGAAGGAAUGCUGCCCACUGCUCUAUGGACUUAAUGUAGUCAUUUUAACGGGUAUUUUGCAGUUCCAAACUAAAGAACACCCAUUCAAAUAGGUUCUUUAUGGCUGAUAGCUUUGGAAAAGUUUUCCACCUCAGCAUAAGUAACGUACCUUAUAGAAUUCUACUUAAUAAAUUGUAUUUCUUAGGACUUUGACAAACCUUUUCGUUAUACGAUAAAGUGUAGCCUACGCAAAUAUUUCUCAGUUUUAAUAUCAAAAUUACUAGAACUGUUGGUUCUACAGCUCCGAAAUUAAAUAUUAAACAAAAAAAAUAGUACCUUAUCAUUCGGAACACAAAAACAUACAUUUUUCUUGCAUCAAUACCUUAUUCUGAUUGGACUAUAAAUAUGCUACACUAAUUACUGGAGGUCCUGUACCUUUCGCUUUGUCAAAUUGCAACGUGUUCACGCCAAGUUGUUACUAGGACUGUAACCCGGAGCGUACAAGCACAAGACUGUGACGUCACUAAAGUCUCAAAUUGGUUAAAUAAGAAUUUCUAAACAUCAUUAUUUUAUAGGUAAAUUACACUUGAAAUCGUCAAAUUAAUUACACUCUUGACCCAAGUCCUUGACUUGUGAAAAUGUUCAAGAUAUUGUAUUGUAAACACAC